GAAGGAGGAGGAGGAGGAUCAUGAAGCUCGGACCCGCGGCCGCGCCGAGCGGCUGGCAGCAAGAGGACGAGACGGAGCAGCCCCCAUCCCGGAGACAGUCGGACGCCGCCGAGAAGCAGGAGAAGCAGCAACAGCCUCAGCCGCCGCCGCCGCCGCCGCCGCCGCAGCAGCAGCAGCAGCAACAGCAGCGCCGGACUCGGUCAGAGGAGAAAGAGGAGGAGGAGGAGGGUGGGGAGGAAGAGGAGGAGGACGGCGACGAAGAGGAGAAGGCGGCGGAGGAGGAAGAAGAGGAAGAAGAGCUAGGGGUCAGCCCUAAUCUCCAGUUCUCCCUGCCCUCGCUGCCCUCCAGAAGGGGCCUUUAAUGGAGCCAAGGCGAGGGGACCUCGGAUUUACAAGCUACAGCAAGGGUGGUCUGAGAGCGGAGAUCAUGUAACCACCCCUUCUUUCCUCCUCCCCUCUUUCCACACACCCUUAUUUUCUUCCCCUUUAAGCUCACCUCCCUCUUUCCUUAGGGAGGGACCUCCAUGCUCAGGAAAGAGCCAGCACUGCAAGAGUUAAACGUGCUUUCCAAUCUCUCCCCACCCACCCCUACCCCAAGAGUCACCACCAUCUAUUUCCUUCCACACUUCCCACCUUCUCUUUAAAAAAAAAAUCUUUAUUGUCCAAAAAGCCUUCCCCACCCUCUCCACCCCUUUUGGCAGCAGAGGCAAAGCACAAUACCCUGCCUCAAUUACCCAAAUCUUCCUAACUCAACUCUGCUCCUACUAGCCUCUCUGGUGCUUUGGGGAUUAAUCUCCCCAACUCUCUUCACCUAGGGCUUGAAACUUCCAAAACAGCCCUCCUCCCAGCCUUAUUCCCUAUUACCCGAAGAAAGUCUAUCCUCUUUACAUACACUCAUAACCAUUUAUCAAGGUUUUCCCUGAGUUGAACUCACUCCAUUUCCUGGUUUGAUUUAAACCCUUCCUGCCCUAGCCCCUCUAACCCAAAAGAAAGACAUCUCCACUCCUUACCAGGACUUUGAGGAGAAUUGAAUAAUUCUCCAACCUCCCAUUCCAAAGGAAUUCCCAACUAAAAAGGCUUUGACUGAAGGGCCCAGUCUUUUCAUCCUCACCCCACAACCCCACUAUUAUCCUACCCUACCCAUUCAGCCCCAGUUCAGAGACAGAGAGGAGAUAUCCUUGUCCAAAUCAAGCCCUGGGUUUGAGGGAAGAAAGAAGAUAAAGACAAUUUUUUUCUUUUUUGGGGGGGUGGGGGGUGGGGGAGUUUAGAGAUAACAGAUCAUAGGAAAGUUCACCCCUCAGGGGCAUUUAUCAUUUUGUGAUUUGGAGGAAAUUAAGAGAGGGGUGUGACAAAGCAAACUCCCCCUCAAUCCCAUAGCACAAAUACACUGUGGUCCCCUGCCUCCAUCCAGUCCCCCAAUCCCCAAAGACUCCAGUUGGGAGCUCGACCAUCUCUCUACCAUAGGCACAUGCUAAUGCCCCUAAGUGGGUUCCUCUGGUGGUGGUGGUGCUGCUGCUGCUGCUGGUACUGCUGUGGAGGGUGUUACCAGGCUCCCCAGAUGUUUCGCCACCAGGGUCUCCUCAAGUGCCGAUGUCGCAUGCUCUUCAAUGACCUGAAGGUCUUCUUGCUUCGGCGCCCACCGCCGGCCCCGCUGCCCAUGCACGGUGACCCCCAGCCCCCUGGCCUGGCAGCCAACAACAACACCCUCCCAGCCCUGGGUGCUGGUGGAUGGGUGGGCUGGAGGGGUCCUCGAGAGGGGGCCGGCGGGGAGAUCCCUCCUCUGCCACCUCCACCACCUUUGCCACCCUCCUCUGCAGAGGACGACUGGGGUGGCCAGGUUGUGGAUCCACCUGCCUCCCUGCUCAGCAGCACUUCCUCAGAUGACUUCUGUAAGGGGAAGGCUGAGGACCGCUAUUCACUUGGCAGCAGCCUGGACAGUGGCAUGAGGACUCCACUUUGCAGAAUCUGCUUCCAGGGCCCUGAACAGGGGGAGCUGCUGAGUCCUUGUCGCUGCGACGGUUCGGUCAAGUGUACCCAUCAGCCCUGCCUAAUCAAGUGGAUUAGUGAACGGGGCUGCUGGAGCUGUGAAUUGUGUUACUACAAGUACCACGUCAUUGCCAUAAGCACAAAGAAUCCUCUGCAGUGGCAGGCCAUUUCUCUGACGGUCAUUGAGAAAGUCCAGAUUGCAGCAGCCAUCCUGGGUUCUCUUUUCCUCAUUGCCAGCAUUUCUUGGCUCAUCUGGUCGACCUUCAGUCCCUCGGCUAAAUGGCAGCGCCAAGACCUCCUCUUCCAGAUCUGCUAUGGAAUGUAUGGCUUCAUGGACGUGGUGUGCAUAGGCCUGAUCAUUCAUGAGGGACCAUCCGUGUACCGGAUAUUUAAAAGAUGGCAGGCUGUGAACCAGCAAUGGAAAGUGUUGAACUAUGAUAAGACAAAGGACAUUGAGGACCAGAAGGCUGGGGGCAGGACAAACCCCAGGACCUCCUCAUCCACACAAGCUGACGCCGCCUCCUCAGAAGAGGAGGCUGUGGGCAACCCUGCCCAGGGUGAUGGUGGCGGCAGUGGUGGAGGUGGUGGGAACCGGGCCCCCAGCCACCCCUCUGGCCCUCUGGCCGAUCACCACUGUGCUUACACCAUCCUGCACAUCUUGAGUCACCUGAGACCUCACGAGCAGCGGAGCCCCACUGGUGGCAACCGAGAGCUUGUCAUGAGGGUCACCACAGUCUGAGAGCAGGAAGUGGGAGGGAGGCCUUAACCCUGAGAGCCUGGGAGCCCAGGAGCACUGGAGGGAAGGAGAGGGAACGGAGGUGGACACCCAUGGGUGGGCGGGUACACAUCACCAGAAGGGAGGGAGAGCAGGUCCGAGAGGGUGUGGGAUGAGGAGAGGCAGGAGCAAGUGGGGAGAAAGAGGCAGCAUUCCUUCCAAGGAAGCCUCCAAGGCAUCAGCCAGGUCUGGUGGAGGCCAAGAGGCUCAAAGCCAGAAGAAGGGAAGGAGCCCUCUGGGCACUUGGUGUUUUCCAUUUAGUAAACUCUCCUUGACAAGAACAACAAAAAACAAAUACAAACAAACUCAGCAACUAAAGUACAAUACAAACUAAAACAAAAACAGAUGAGGAUGUACACACGCGGGCACAAAGGUGGGCACACAGGUGUAUACACAUGCACACAGGUGGGUACCUAGGUGUAUACACAUGUUGCACACAGGUGGGUACACAGGUGUAUACACAUGUGGGUACACAUGUCACACAGGUGGAUACACAGGUGUAUACACAUGUUACACACAGGUAGGUACACAGGUGUAUACACAUGUCACACACAGGUGUAUACACAUGUAGGCACACAGGUGGGUACACAGGUAUAUACACAUGUAGGCACACAGGUGGGCAUGCAGGUGGGUACACAGGUGUAUACACAUGUAGGCACACAGGUGGGCACAGAGGUAUAUGUACAUGCAGACACAGGUGGACACACACACAGGCAAACACAGAGACAGACACACAGGUGGACACACACACACGCUGAGACAUGCACAAGGCAGUUUGCAGGGCAGAGAUGGGCACUAAACUGAUGUGUCUGAUAGCAGUGUUGCCAGGAACAGUAGCUCUCGACACACAUGAGCACACGUGCAUGUAUGAAGGGGGAUAAAGCGUGAAGAUGAUCAGAAGAUGACAAGUAUUUGUUGCUCUCUUUUGUUUCUCUCUUUGGGUUUGUUUUGUUCUCCCCAGGCCACGGGCAGUGGGCAGUGGGCAGGGGCAGUGGGGAGGGAUUGGGGAUGGGGACAAUGGGCGGGAAGGGAGGGCAGGGUUUGAGCACAUCUCUUGAGAGCCUUGGGCUCUUCCUGGCUGGCAAUAUGAGCACACUUAUCUGGUUUGGGGGGCAUUAGGGAGGGGAAGGCGUUGACUUUAGGGAGGGGGUGGUUUCUUAGUGUGACUGGUUAAAGGUGGUAUCUCCCUGCCCCCUGUCUCAAAAGUGUUACCCAAAAUGUUUGGAUUUCGAGUUGGGCUUCUUGUGUUCCCAUAACUGUAUUUAAAGGUGAUUUGACUCAAACAAAAAGAUGUUUAAAGGGGAAAAACAACCAAGCCAUGUACACACAAUUCAAACCGAACAACUACAUGACAAACAGAAAGUACAGCUCUCCCAUGGGUAUCUCAAGCACAGUCCUGCUGCAGUCUCAACCUUCAAAGUUGCCAAUCCAGGAAUCUAGCCUUCCCAGCUAACCAAACUCUACCCAAAGGCAAGGGCAAAACUAAUGUGUCGCGUUCCCCUGCCUUGGAAGGAUUGCACAAGCCCAAGUCCCCCACCACAGAAGAGCGCCCUCCUGCCCCAAUCUCAACUCCAGAGAACUGUGAGGAGAUGAGAGGUAGGUGGGAGUGGAGAAGGGAGAAUCAGGCAGAAGUGGGGAGGAGAGGUGGGGUGGAAGUAGACCUUGCUGCUUGUUUUCCACCAGAAAAGAGCAGUUCAGACUUACCUCCAUGCCCAGAUGAUUGAUUUAUUGAUGGCUCCUCCUCCAUGCAGCCAGAUGGCCCUGGUUGUCUGAGGCUGGUGGCCAGGCCACUGGGGUCCCUAAGAGCCUACAUGGCAGCCUAAGGGACCCUGAUGGUGCCAGUCCCUACCAGGGCUUGGGAUUAACUGAUCUCCUACAGAGUUUCUUCUUCAAUGCACAAUGGCUGAGUCAUCUAUGGGUAUUAAAGGGACACUGUCAAGUACUUUUUUAACUAGUUUUUAGGGUUUUUUUAACUCUCCAUUGUUUGUAAUAUUCUCUUAAAAGCUUGAAAAUAAAAUUUCUUUCCCUAUCA